AUGAUUAAAUCGUUGCUUUUCUUAUCGCGAAAAGGGAUCGAUUCUGUGGGCAUUUUCCGCAAAUCUGGUGUUAAGUCACGUAUAAUGUGUUUGAAAGAAGAAGCAGAGAAGGGAACUCAUAUUGACUUCUCUGAUGUGUGUGUCUAUGAUAUCGCAGAUGUGACCAAAUUAUGGUUCAGAGAAAUCACUGAUCAAAACACCAAAAAACCAAAACAACUUUUAACGCAACAAAUCAUUAGUUGUUUCAAACAAAACAAAAAAGAGCUGACAUUGUGUGCGAUUCCUGACAACCAAAGAACUGUUUUGCAAAUCAUUCUCAGAUUCCUAUCACUUGUCGCGAGUCAUUCCGACGCCAAUCAAAUGAAUUGUCAUAAUUUGGCCAUUUGUUGGACACCAUCUCUAUGUGAAUGCGAUGGCGAUCAGCAACUCUUCGACGCCCAGAAGUGCCUCGAAUUCUGUAUCGAUAAUUGCGAAACACUUUUCAUUAUUUCAGUCAAUUCCUACUCCCUUUCAAUUACGGACACCAAUUGUCCGCUUCCUCACAAACACGAGGCCACAGCUCUUGUCGACUGCGGACCCAAUGAUAUACUCAAUCGUGUGCUUUACGAGAGGCAUUUAAUUGAUCCGACAAUCGUUGAGUGGAGUGUUGGGGAAGAGAUGUCCCCCAAUAGUGAUACGUUUAUUAUGAGACUACAGUCCAGUUCUUUCCUUCCCAUCAAAACCGUUGUAAUGGAGAGGAAGUGGAGAAUCAAUAGCCUUAACAACAUUGAAGUGAUUGAAAACGGCUUCUUAUAUGAGUCGCGUUGGUCUCUGAGUGCAGAGGAAGGACGCACUCGAGUCGCUCAUAUGAUUUCACUCGAUCUCAGGGAUGAGACAAAUACAAAGUAUUAG